AUGGAGUCUGAACUUACUCAAUUCUUCUCAGUAAAUAAAACUCAAAUUCAGUUCUCUAUUCCAUUGGAAUUUCAACUUGAAACUAUAUAUAUUAGAGCUAUCCCAAAAGAUAUUCUGCAAUGUAACUUUUUAAAGGAAAUUAGCUUAUUUCAUGGCUUUGGAUUUACGGAAGAGGACAUAGAUGACGGAUCAACUACAUUCUAUUUUUGCUGUGAAGAAGUAAUUUAUCUUGCACAAUGCUAUGGUCCAGAGCACUUUUUAUUAAAUGGAAUAUUCUGGCCAAAGCCCAUACAACCGACAUUUGACGAUAUAUAUAAUGGAUUAAAACAUACUAGCGCAUCUCGUAUAUCUAUAAUAUAUCCUGUCUAUUCAUUUUUUAGAAACGAAAAAUAUAUUGUACGUAGUGGCUUAAAAUAUGGAGUUGAUUUCAUAUUGUAUGAAAAGUCACCAACAGUAGUACAUGCUAGUUAUAGUGUUAAAAUUGGUAACUUCCUUCCGAAUGACAUUUAUCAGGGACUUUCUAAAUCACAAUUAGGAAAACCAAUUAAGUGGAGAGAUGUAAUUGGUUUACUUAGAUUAACUGAAGCUGUUAGCAAAGAUCUUUUACUUGUAACUCCAGAUUUGAAUGAUAAAUUUAAAAUCCACUGUACCUGCAUUCAAAGGCGCAAAAUCUAA